AUGACGACAGUUGCAAGCAACCAGGUGGGUCCCUCUUCCUCGUCAGGCAUUGCGCCGUUCUUUGCGCAACAGAUUGAGGACUUUGAGCUGAAAAUCAACAAGAAGCUGCAAAACUUGCGACGGUUGGAAGCCCAGCGAAACGCCCUCAACACCAAGGUGCGUCUGCUCAAGGACGAGCUCCACGUGCUGCAGGAGUCGGGCUCGUACGUCGGCGAGGUGAUCAAGAUCAUGGGCAAGCAGAAGGUGCUGGUCAAGGUCCACCCCGAGGGCAAGUACGUGGUCGAUAUUGCUCCCGACCUCGACAUUAAGAAGAUCACGCCCUCGUUGCGGGUCUGUCUGCGAUCGGACUCGUACACUCUGCACCAGAUUCUGCCCAACAAGGUCGAUCCUCUGGUGUCGCUGAUGAUGGUGGAAAAGGUGCCUGACAGUACCUACGACAUGGUGGGAGGUCUGGACCAGCAGAUCAAGGAGAUCAAGGAGGUGAUCGAGCUGCCCGUCAAGCAUCCCGAGCUGUUUGAAAGUCUGGGUAUCGCGCAGCCCAAGGGAGUCAUUCUUUACGGACCCCCCGGUACCGGAAAGACCCUUCUUGCACGAGCUGUGGCGCAUCACACCGAGUGUAAGUUCAUUCGAGUGUCUGGUUCCGAGCUGGUGCAAAAGUACAUUGGAGAGGGUUCUCGAAUGGUUCGAGAGCUCUUUAUCAUGGCCCGAGAGCAUGCCCCAAGUAUCAUCUUCAUGGACGAAAUUGAUUCCAUUGGUUCUGCUCGAACCGAGUCUGGAGGAGGCGGCGGCGGUGGCGACUCUGAGGUUCAGCGAACCAUGCUGGAGCUUCUCAACCAGCUGGACGGUUUCGAGUCGUCCAAGAACAUCAAGAUCAUCAUGGCCACUAACCGUCUUGACAUUCUGGACCCUGCUCUUCUGCGUCCCGGUCGAAUCGACCGAAAGAUCGAGUUCCCCCCGCCCACCGUGGAGGCUCGAGCCGACAUUCUGCGAAUCCACUCACGACGAAUGAACCUAACCCGAGGAAUCGAUCUCAAAAAGAUUGCCGAGAAGAUGAAUGGCUGUUCGGGAGCCGAAGUCAAGGGAGUGUGCACAGAGGCCGGAAUGUACGCUCUGAGAGAGCGACGAAUCCACGUGACCCAGGAGGACUUUGAGCUGGCUGUGGCCAAGGUCAUGAGCAGAAACGAUGCUUCCGAGGUUUCUGUUGCCAAGCUGUUCAAGUAA